UCAAAAAAAAAAAAUCAAAUUUCGAUGGGCACCCUAAUAUACAUAUCUCAUUGAAGAAGUAUUUUUGUGUGUACAAAACACUACAUAUCAUAUUAAGAAAACUUUUGCGCAGUAAAUUCACCCCGAAUUGCAGAAGAAGCUCGGCCAAACACUUUCUGCUUAGAGGCUGCCCUCUAAGCCUUGCGCUUAGCUAAGAGAUAAAACCAGUCAAAAGGUUUUUUUUUUGUUUUUCAAAAUAUUCUACAAGGCAAUCAAUAAAGUUUCGAACCCGAGAAGAAGCGAAUAAGUUGUAUAUCCUUCCUUAGGUCUUUUCCAAACAAUAUACGGAACACGCUCGUGAAUUAAAAAAAAAAGGUCUUUGCGAGAAUCCGAGCAAAACAGAAGGGAUGCUUUUUACCAAGAAAAUGCAAAGAACCAAAUUCAGACUCCCUUCCCUCCAUGGAACUACUCUCACACUAACCUCUGAAGCAAAAUGCCUGGGCGUUGUAUUAGACACCAAACUGUGCUGCAAGCCAAAUGUCGAUAAACGCGUAAAAAAAUCUGUAUAUGUAAAUACAAGAGGACAUUCGCCAAAACUUAUCCUGUGAAUAUAGGUAAACGGCCAUUAAAGGACAACUAGCAGGUUAGCCUUAUUCAAAACCUCAAACAAUGCGGUUUUAUUUUGGGAUCUGUAGUGUGGAUCCAUAAUUCGUCACCUAUUACGACGCCGCAUACAUAUAAAAGUAUUUUGAUAAACCCCGACCGAGCUAUAUAAUCCAGACAUCGAAUUGGAACAAAAUAAGUUAUUGUGAGCCGCGAUUCCCGUCGCUUUUCAGCAGCCACUUUUUUCGUGAGGCAUCCUAAUAUAUAUAGGUACACACAUCCAUACAUAUGUAUGCUUGCAUUUGUGUGUCUUCGCGAAAUGUGUGAAUCGCGUGUUGUUGCAGCAGGAUUAAGUUUUGUUGUUUUUGUAAAUUAGCUACAUAAGUUUUAGCCGCUGAAAUAUGUGCCAAGUGCGAUAGUAAAAAAAGUGGAAUAAAAUACGGGAGGGCCCACCAAUUAUGGGCAUGCCAAAUGGUCAAGCUGCGGAGUGUAGAAAAGGAAAAUACAUACAUACAUACAUACAUAUGUAUGUACAUAGAUAUUAAGUUGAAUAUGUAAUGCAAAUUAAUAGGCCAAGUCAUACCUAUCGAACGUAAUUGAACAAAUUGAAAUUGGAUACAAAUUUUCUUUUCAUGCCACUCCAGCGUUCAAAUGCAUUGAGCACGGUCAGUAGCAAGCGGCGGUGGUUCAGGUAGGAGUACUAAUACCAGCUGAGCAGCGAUUAAAUUUUUGUGGCAAGAGAAGCAAGGAAUUAAGUAAAUAUGUGUUAUAUCAUCAUCACCGGUGGCAGUCUAGUCUGGUUCGUGUUGAGCCUCAUAGCCGACAUGUUGAUCGUCUCGGCGAUAGUCACACCCAAAUGGCUUAUUGGUCCAAAUCCAACGCUCGUCAGUGUCGGCUCAAGCGCUUCCCUACAAACGGGCAUACAGCAAGAGGUCCAAAAUGAUACUCAGUUAGUGUCGCUUGUACCAACGGUGCGUUAUCCCUCUGUGGGCAUCUAUACGCGCUGCAAAGUGAUGCGCAACUAUGGCUAUCAUUGUGGCCCCUUCGACUUGGAUGGUUUUGCGACAGAUAACAAUGUCUAUCCAGUUGCGUGGAAGGUCACAAUGUUCUUCAUGUCACUGGGUUUUGCGGUGCACUCGAUUACGGUAGCAUUUACGCUCAUCACUUGCUGUCGACAAUCGGCAUUUGGCAAGAGUAUACACAAUAUGACUGGCUGUGCGCAAGUGGUGUCAGCAAUCAGCAUUAUGUUGGCGCUUUUUUUACAUCCACUAGCCUGGGGUGUGCCCAGAGUGCAGCUGCUAUGUGGCGCGGAUGCCGAACCGUUUUAUCCAGCCGGUUGCUCUAUUGGCAUUUCCUUCUACUGUGCUGUGGCGGCAGCGGUGCUUUGUUUCAUUUGUGCUGGCAUCAGUCUGAAGGCAGAAUCGUCUAAUAUGCGUACGCGUGUAAAACGCCGCGUUGAGGAGGGCAAUCGAUUGGUGUGCAUUCCAUGAUUUUCGAAUUUUUUUUAGGGAUCUUCACGGAAUUUUUCCUAUCAGUCGCAUUGAUUGUUGUGCUUCGAAUUUACGAGUAUCAUAUACAUAAGUUAACUGUUUUGUAAAUAUAUUUUAUGCUUUUAUUUUCUUAAUCGUGUUAAGAUCUUCUAAUAAAUAAGUAGUAAUGAGAAAUUUCUGAGCUUAAGUUUUGUAAGCUAACGUACUAUGUGUACACAUACUCAAGUAUCAUAGUAUUUGCAUUUAUAAGAAUGUACUUAUGUAUACCUAUUAAUAUAAAUAUUACAAGCAGUAUAUAAAAACUCAUUUUGUUAGACCUGUCUCCAGUGAGGCAUACAAAUUCUUGAAACGGGGCUUCAUAAAGCUUAAAAAUGUACGUAUGCAUGUAGAUAUAAGAUAAUAUCGCAAAUUAAAGAAAUUUAUGAAAAUA